ACAAAUCGAUAAGAGUAAUGAUAUGAAGUUGCAACCCGAAGAAAUUGAGCAAGCACUGGCAAAGGCAGGAAUACAUUGCACAAAACAAGAGCUUCAAAAAUUUAUGGAAGCUCUUGAUAAAGAUGGCAAUGGUGUAAUUGACUUUAACGAAUGGCGGGAUUUCCUCCUACUUCUCCCUCGCGAAACUACUAUUCGAGAAAUCUACACGUAUUAUCAAGCCUUUGGUCAGAUGAAUAUGGACGGCGACGUAAUAAUAGCAGCAACGGAUCCACGUUAUAUUCUUGCUGGUGCAAUUGCUGGUACAGUCAGUCGAACGGCUACCGCGCCUUUUGAUCGACUGAAAGUCUACCUCCAAACGCAAUAUCACACACUGCCGAGCCGCUCUCGAGCGCAUAGCGCUGUGUUAGAAUCAGCGAAGAAUCUGUUUAGGUCGGGCG